AUGAGGGAGGUCCAUUGCCAGAAAACACAAGAUGCCAGAAACCAGGAGCUAGUGUGUUUUGUUGCCACCCUGAGAUGCAUCCGGUUACUUCACCUACUUUGCGACAUUGUGAAGAGCCUAGAUUGCCGGAUAGUGAUGCGCCUGCAUUACCUAUUACACCUUGUCUCGGAGGUCAUAUUUACUGCGAACAUCUCGAUUCUAGCUCUGCCAAUCCACCAAGCCACUUGA